AUGAUAUUCCUAAUGACAGUUAUUAAAGUGCUUCUCAUAGCGCUGAAUAUAUUUCCAAGUCGAUUUACAAAUCGUAAGGUUAUGUUUUUAAUCUACCUAACAAAUCUCGUUACACAUGUUAUGAUGGAUGAACCUCGUUUUGCACAACCAAUACCAAAUGUAACAGUGGCUGUGGGACGUGAUGCCAAUUUACCCUGUGUGGUGGAGCAUUUGGGCGGCUAUAAGGUUGCUUGGAUACAUAUUGACAGACAAAUGAUUUUGACAAUACAUCGCCAUGUUAUCUCAAGAAUACCACGUUACAGCAUUACCUACGACAAUGCCAACACAUGGCUGCUGCAUGUGAAUCAGGCACACCAGGACGAUCGUGGUUACUACAUGUGCCAGGUGAAUACGAAUCCCAUGAUAAGUCAAGUGGGCUAUCUCCAGGUAGUGGUGCCACCCAAUAUAUUGGACAUUGAGAGCACUCCUUCCUCAGUGGCCGUAAGGGAAAACCAAAAUAUCAACAUGACUUGUAGAGCAGAUGGCUUUCCGGCUCCAAAAAUAAUAUGGCGGCGAGAAGAUGGCGAAGAAAUAGCCGUCGAAAAGAAAAAGAAAGUUUUGGUCUACGACGGUGAAGUACUGCCACUGACCAAAGUAAGUCGUAACGAAAUGGGUGCCUAUCUAUGCAUUGCCACCAAUGGUGUACCACCUUCGGUAUCAAAGCGUAUAAUACUGGAUGUCGAGUUUUCUCCAAUGAUUUGGGUUCCAAAUCAACUUGUUGGAGCUCCAGCUGGCACUGAUGUUACCAUUGAUUGCCAUACGGAAGCACAUCCCAAAGCCAUAAUCUAUUGGGUUUACAAUUCAGUUAUGGUAUUGCCAAGUAAGAAGUAUAAAACCGACUAUACAGAGAAUUCCUACAGAGCUCAUAUGAAACUGACAAUAAGAAAUCUCCAGUAUGGAGAUUUUGGAAACUAUCGAUGUAUAUCAAAGAACUCACUGGGAGAAACGGAAGGAUCAAUAAGAGUUUAUGAAAUUCCACUUCCAUCAACGCCUUCCAAACAGGUGACACAUUCUACAAUAGAUACAAGAGAAAAUAAUAUUAUCCCGGUGCGUAAUGAUUCACUGAAAUCAUUACAAACGGAUGUACAUUCGCUGAAAAACGAAUUACUCGGUACGAGUGAUUCAACAUCACCUGCUCUGCAGGGUGCAACAGCCUUAGUGCCGUCAUUAACUGGAAAUAAUUUACAAAUCUUUGGAUCAUCCAGUAGUUCGGUGGAACGUAAAGGUUUACUGGCGAUAGGAAAAAGUAUGUCAUACACAGAACUGCCACCCAAUCAUCUGGAAGAUGCUUCAGCCUGGACAGCUAAACCCACCCUAUACUUAAUAGUAUAUUGCAGCAGUUUUGCGUGGCUAUUCUUAAGAUGGACGACAGCGUAA